AUGGUGAACACUGACCAGAAUCAGAGUACUACUAUCAUGUUCAUCCUCUUAGGAUUCUCUGAUUAUCCAGAGCUCCAGGUUCCCCUCUUUCUAUUGUUCUUCACCAUCUAUUCAAUCACUGUAGUAGGGAAUGUGGGCAUGAUUGUGAUCAUCAGGACAAAUCCUAAACUCCAUACACCCAUGUAUUUUUUCCUUGGUCACCUGUCCUUUGUGGACUUCUGUUACUCCACUAUAGUUACACCAAAACUAUUAGAAAACUUAGUUGUAGAAGAUAGAACUAUCUCCAUCAAGGGCUGCAUCUCACAGUUUACCAUUGGUGUCAUCUUUGUAGUGACAGAGAUGGUCAUGUUGGCCGUGAUGGCCUACGACCGCUUUGUUGCUAUAUGCUAUCCUUUCCUCUACUCAGUUUUCAUGUCCCCAAAAUUCUGUGCCCUACUAGUGACUAUAGCAUACACAUGGGGCACCAUUUCCUCUAUUAUGCUCACCUACUCACUUCUUAUAUUGUCAUUUUGUGAAACCAAAAUCAUUAAUAAUUUUGCAUGUGAAUAUUCUGUCAUCCUCUCUGCUUCCUGCUCUGAUAAACACUUCAGUGAGGUAAUACUUUUUAUAUUUGCAAAUCUCAGUGCAUUUUGUACCCUCAUCAUUAUCCUUAUAUCUUAUCUUUUCAUUUUUGUCACUAUCCUCAAAAUUCAUUCAGCCAGUGGGAGGUGUAAAGCUUUCUCCACUUGUGCCUCCCACUUGACAGCUGUUUCCAUCUUUUAUGGCACCAUCCUCUUCCUCUAUUGUAUUCCCCAUUCCAAGAAUUCAUGGCUUGUUGUCAAAGUGGGAUCUGUUUUUUAUACUGUGGUGAUUCCUAUGCUGAAUCCCAUAAUAUACAGCUUAAGGAACAAUGAUGUAAAGGAAACCUUCAGGAAAUUAAAAGAUCUAAGAAUAAUUUCUCAAUGA